CGCAGCAGUACUGGAGCGCUUAGCGUCGUCAUCUGCAAGUCGCGCGACUGCUACCGCCGCGUGACCAAGUGGUACGAGCAAGAGGGCAAUCCGAAUGGUGCCGCCGUCUUCUAUACGCGGCACACUACCGCCGACAUUGCGGGCCACAUUGCCCGCAAGCUCGGUCCCGGCGCCAUCAAGCCCAAAGACUACCGCAACAACGUUCGGUUCACGCACUCGGCCGGCGGGAGCGUCAGCAAGGGCACGGACCAGGUCAUCGAGUGCUGGCUGGCACGACCGGAUCUGCCGCCGCUCGACCUCUCAAUGAGUCAAAGUCUAUACGAUAUGGGUUAUGGUGAAAAGUACGCCGAGCAAAUCGCAGCCGCCAAGAACAUCAACUUUCAGCACAGCGCAAUCAGCGAAGAGACGUUUGGGAAGCGACUCGCCGAGACGUCUUUCUUCCUCUGUGCGAGCCGAUGGGAGGGCUACGGUCACUACAUCAACCAAGCGCGCGCGGCCGGCGGCGUCAUUAUCACGACGGAUGCGCCACCAAUGAACGAGCUCAUCGUUGUGCCCGAAAGCGGCGUUUAUGCCAAGACGGUCGUGCAUCACCACCCGCACCAGAUUAUGGGCGGCCGCUCGGAAGGCGAGCACGGACUCCGCGAUGUUAGCGGUCUCCAAGCCGACUACUCACCGGGCGAUCUCUGCAACGCCGUCAACCACGUGCUACGACUGUCGGGCGGCGAGCGCGAGCGCAUGGCCAAGGCGGCGCAACAGCAGUACCACGACGACACCAAGUUCUUUGCGACCUCUAUGCGCAACCUCCGCGCGUUUGCGCGCGCCCAGCUGCGCUCUAAUACGACAGCCGCCGAGGUCGCGGCCGGCAACUGGCAAGACUCGGCGGUGCUGGACGUGCUGUGCGUGUAA